AUGCCAGGGGAGCCGCUGAGUACAAACAUUAACAACAACAGGACACCGGCCAAGAGGGACCCGCCGGUCGCUGUGAGCUCGACGCAAAAUGUGGCCAGCGUGUGCUUCAGUGACGGUAUUUUAUACGAGGGACCGCUUCUUGACGGCAAGCCGCAGGGGUCUGGCAUAUGCGUGUUUCCGUCAGGGACUAUCUGUGCCGGGAACUUUGAGCGCGGGUUUUUAGAGGGGCCUGCGGAGGUGUUACUCCCCUCUGGUGCACUCUUCACUGGAAUGUUUGAGAGAUCUGUGGCGAAAGGCUUUGGGGCGUACUUGCAGGAUGGCUGUCUGACCCGUGGCACAUGGCGUGAGGGAGUUGUGAUGCAGACCGAGGAUGACGUCGGUGGUAGUUGUCACGCUAAAUUUUUUACUGCAAUCGCCUUUCGACUGUGUAAUGAGCUACGAAAUGUCAAAACUGGGACGAGAGGGACGGGCUGGCACUAUCUGCAUCUCAGCCGUUGCAUCAAGGAGCCAGUGGUGCAUCUUUGUGUGAGGCAACCCUUAGAACAGGACUCUAUGAUGUCAAGCAGGGAGGCACGCGAUUAUUUCAUACUGAACCCUUCUGUCACGAAGGGAGCAUCUACUGCGUUACUCCCUGGUACUGCAGCGAUCCCAGGAGACUGCGCGAGUGAUACUGAAGGAUCUUUCUUGGGAGGAACGGUGCGGCGGCAAACAGAGGCGGUGGAAAUGCAUAUACGUGAUAAACCAGUUACAAGAAAUUUACUUGCGAUGGGAGCUUCACCGUAUGCGAUAUUUGCAUGUGCUGCACCUGCAUCCAAUGAGUUCUUCUCAUUCAGUCACUACAUGAAAUAUUUUGUAAUAUUUCUUUUUCCAUUCUUGUCGUUGCCGCAACUCCCUUUUUCCCCUAUCCGUAGGGCUAUGCUUGAAAUGGAGCGAGAAUUUGUAGUGAGUGGUGCCUCACUUCUACGAGAAUAUGACCCUCCUUUUUAUUCCUUACACUUUGUAACUGCUGCAAUCUGCUGCAAUAUUGCAGCAGUUGUGAUUGUUGUAGCCAAAGUAACUCCGGGACACGUGAGUGGUGGACACUUGACGCUUGCAGAAGUGGUUAUUCCAUGUACCUUUUGGGUCGUGCAAGCCCUGUUUUUUGCUGCAUACAAUAGCUACAUGCGAGUGGCUCAUGCGUUGGAGCGUCUUGAACGUUGUCUGGUGCCGCGCAUUUCUGCCUUUGCCGCAGAUAUUGUGGAUAACAAAGCAAAGGUGUGUAUUUAUACCUGGGAUGAGAAGGGUCGCACUGUGGUAAAGAACAAGCAUUACCGCUAUCGUUGGUUGGUAUGUUCCAUUUUUGUCGGUCUCGUCAUGAGCUUUGCGGCUCCUUGCACGCGUGCUGGUUUUAGGCAUUCAUUGUUUGGCAUAGGAAAUUACGAGGUGGCGGCGUCAGUUUUGCUUUUUAUCUCCAACUUGUUGUUUUCCACUGUUCUUGCAUACUAUGUAUUGAAAAUUACAGAUAUGCAGCGGCAAAUAUUAGAACAGAUGCGCGUUAUUACCCGACUGGCGUACUUGGAGGGUCGAAGCUUAAUGCGCCCGAGCGAAUUUUUUCAACAACGAUUUAACUUUAAUGAACCGUUGAAUCCACACGAUGUGUUGACUGGCGUCGUCGGAUGGUGCAUAGUGCGUUCUCUUGUGCUUUACGCAUCCACGUGCUUCAACCAUGUUUCUCGGAGUUCUACCAUGAGCAUCUACUUGGCGUUUGUCUUUUGUGGCUUCAUUGUAACAAUUGGUGAUUUUGUCUCUGUGCUGGUUUUAGGUUACUCUCACUCUGGGUCACACUAUUCCUCAGGGCACACUUAUGCCUUUGUACUCUGCACACUAUGGGGCUUUAUGCUGCAAAGGUAUCUCUACAUUUGUCUUGAAACUUGCAAAGAACACACAACUCACCUUUACCUCCUUGAUGUAGCAUCCCUAUACCAUCGACUAAAACAAGGCCCCAAUGAUGAGAGCAGCGAUGCUAUAGCAACAUGUCGUCAAAUGAUUAAGGAUCAUGAUAAAUUACCUUCCGUUUUUUCUAUUCGAAUCUCACCGCUUAUAUUGGUGUUAAUGGUGUUUAUUCAUAUGCUUGCGCUGACGGCAACAAUCAUCGUUUUGUGCAUUGCUAUUCACUACCCGAAGUCACACCAUGUGUAG